GUCGGAGGUGGGGGUAGGGGGGGCGCCCCGCCUUGCCGCCCCGAGCCGCGCCAUGCCAGUGCCGGGCCUGGAGCCACGCGUGACGAGUCGAGUUGCCGCGAGAUAUGUGUUUGUGGCCAGUGGAUUCGACUUUGGUUGUGUUGUGAGAUGACUCGGUGUUGAUUGUGGACAAGAUAGCGAGGAUGGUGCUGGAGGGAGGGCUGCCGGCGCCGCUGCAGCUGUACGCGGCGGCGGCGGCGGGGCUGGGCCCGCGCCCGGCCUGGCCGCCGUUCCUGCCCUUCUUCGGGGUGCCUCCGCCGUUCCUCACGCGGCCGCGGCUUCCGCACCCCAUGCCGGGCCGCGCGCCGCACGGGCCGCCCAGCGAGGACUCCAAUGAGGAUGGAGGCAGUAGUAAAGGCGGUUUAAACGACGACGACGGCGACAGCGGCAAGCGGCGGCGCUCGCGCACCAACUUCAACUCCUGGCAGCUGGAGGAGCUGGAGCGGGCGUUCCUCGCGUCGCACUACCCCGACGUGUUCAUGCGAGAGGCGCUGGCUAUGCGGCUGGAUCUGAAGGAGAGCAGGGUCGCUGUAUGGUUCCAGAACAGGCGGGCGAAGUGGCGCAAGAAGGAGCACACGAAGAAGGGCCCGGGGCGGCCGGCGCACAACGCGCACCCGCAGUCCUGCUCCGGGGAGCCCAUCCCGCCGCACGAGCUGCGCGCCAGGGAAAGGAAGAAGCUGGCCAAAGCACUAGACCGCCAAGCGAGGAAGCUGCGAGCCAAAGGCAUCGCCGUGGACCUAGAAGCCCUCAAGAGCGAGUACCUGGCGCAGCACCGCAACACGGGGCUCUACUCCGACUCCGACGGAGACGAGGGGGAGGACAGCAUGAUCGACGUGGUGGGGGGCGACUCCUGCCACGACUCCGGCCCUGAGGACUUCUCGCUGACCGGCCGCCUGCGCGCCCCGUCCGGAGCCGACGGCAUGAACAACAGCGACAGUUCCACUUCAGAUGCGCACUCCGGACGACACUUCAGCCCCACGCCCGACCCCCAACCUUCCUUCUUCAACAACUUCGGGCCCUCUAGCGGCAACUACGAGAAGUUUGACUUCGACUCGGGUCGUGCCGUCUCCCUCGACCUCAGCGGCGGCGGCACCGCGACAGAGCGAGACCUCGCCAGGAACGGGGGAGUGAGAAAGCACAACCCCUUCAGCAUAGAGUCCUUGCUCAAUAAUAAUACGUGAAAGUGACUGUCGGUAGAUGUAGGUUUGACUAUAGAGGCUCUAUGAUCUGAUUUGUGAACUCCAGUGGUUCGAAAGUCGCUCUUGCGAAUAUAGAUUAUCUACAAUUUUUAUGUGUUUGGGCGUGAAGCAUUUCGGAUAAUGUUCCUUUGCUUAAAUAGUACUACUACCUAUAAAUAUGAUUGGUUUUAGUUAAAUAUAGUCAGUGGUUAGUUUGUAUUGGUAGUAGAGUUCAGCUAGCUGGACACAGGAUAGUUUUCGGUAUUUUAAACAAAUAUUUAUUUUCUUUUAAGUUUUCUUUACCAAAUAGCAAUAUUCAAAUGUUAAUAAAUUUCUUUGAAUUUUACUUCCGAAUAUGACUAUACCGUUGAAUUGUCUAUAAAUACCUAUAUUAUGUUAAUAUCUUAUACUUACAUAAAGACUUAUAAAAUAUGUAUCAUUUAACAACAUAUCCAUGUGAAUACUAGAAUUAGAUUGAAAUGUAUUAUAUUAGAUAGUUGUGUACAUAAGCUUAUAUACUUUUAUUUAUUUUCCUCUUGAAUGUUAAUAUAUUCUUAUUUCUAUACAAUACCUGGGGCAAUAAUUCUUUAGAUAAAAAAUGAUGGAGUACAUUAGGUACCUAAAUCUAUACUUUUAUAAAUAAAAGCACCAUGCGUCAAUUAUGUACUUAUCUAUGACAUUAUUAACGAAUCAAUGAGUUUAGAUAACACAGUAGGUAUGUAAACAUCGAUUAAAACAUACUUAUAGUUUUCUAAUUUAAACAAAAUAAUGAUAUAAUUAAAGUGCAAUAUUUCAUAUUCAUAUAAUAUACGUACAGAGUUAUAAAGUAUAUCUAUAUGGAUGGCGACGAUUAUCAUUUCAUAUCACCCGUAAGUGGCCCUUCAAAUGACCUAAACCGACUUAUUUAAAAAAAUAGACCGAACAUGGUCCUGGUUUUAGAACUGGGUUUGGACUGAAAUAUUUGUACUAAAUCUCGUUCUAAGCCAGAAUUAUAUUUAGUCUAAGUUUUAUAAUAAGAGCGCUGGUAACCUAUACAUUUAUGUAUUGCUGACUAUUAUACUUUCAACAUAGCAACAUGCGUCUAUAUAAUCUCCGUACGUCUAUUGGCCUAGAAUUGCCCUCUUUAACUCAAGUGAGCAAUUAUAAUUAACUUAAUUAAGUUAGUAUGAAAAUUCUCGUUGCUAAGCAUGUAAUGUGCAACUUUGUUUGUGUUAUUAUAACUGAGCUACCACAGAUAUAACCGGGAUUGUAAUAAUUAUUUAUCUUACAAAGUAUAAUUGUGCGCUAUCACUAGAUUCUAACUUACGAAUUCGAACUCAACUUCUGCUUUUACUAAAAAUCAUUUAGAGAGUGCUGAGCAAUUUAUUUUUAUACUAAUCUUGAGUUUUCACUUUGAACGUGAUUUAGUUAUGUCUACGAUUCGUUCAAUGUUUGUAUGGUUACAUAAGUUAUUUUGAAAAAAAAUAAAAAUAUUUAAAAUGAUCUCUUUGCCUUUAUUAUAUGGAUUAAAAGAUCGCAUUUCUAUAAGACAAUAUUCAUUUUCUUCUUAAUUUCUAAUAUUGUAGAACAGUUGUUACUUAUUCCUAUUUAUUAAGAUUCAUCACACGAACACAUCUACAUAUAAUAUCCUAAAGUAUGUUAAAAUUGUAGUCGACAACAAUAUCUUAGGUACAAAAUAAGAGUUAAGUUAUUUAUAUAGAAAUUAGAUGAACGAAAAUGAUGAUUUGACUAAUAUUUGUAAAUUGGUUAACACAAUGCUAAGUGUAAGCUGUACAUAGUUAUUAUAAGUGGCGAGUAACUUAUUGAAUCAAAAUAAUUACAACGUAUUAAAAAAGCA